GACUCGAGGAUGCUUUCAGGUAUGGCGACGAAACCUCGCUCAGAUAAAGGGCUUAGAGAGGUCGUUCAUGCUGAAGUGACCAGUAAAACCUGCGAAAAGGCAGGAGAACUUGUGCACUUUCCGUUCUUUGCACUUCCAGUCGAGCUGUGCGUACGCAUAUUGAAAUAUGCGCGGGAGGACGGUGAGAAAUUCCGUGAAACUCGCCUUGUUUGCCGGGCAAUGAAUGACAUCAUCGAAAGUAAUCGAGCCAUCAUCGGGCCAAUGCGUCUGCAAAGGUUGUUUGUCGGGCAACAUAGUGCGUUUGACCAGGGCCCUAAGCGUUUUGUGGUGUCAGACCUCAAGAAACUACCUGAUCGUUUGAGUUCAUGUGCACAUACUUCCAUCCAGCAAGCAUUUUUCUACAAGGAACUGCAACGCAAUCAUGUGCACAUUCGUGGAAUGGUCUUCUACCGUGUUGUUUUCAAGUGUGAUGGAAAAUUACUGAUUGAGCUGUUCGAUGCUCUGAGAAUCGUUUGUCUGAUCGUGCUCGAGUGCCAGCUUCCUGGUAAUCUGGCAGAAUUUCUUGCACGUCAUGAAUUUAUCGCCAAGAUGAAGUCGCAUUUUAUCGGUUCCACCGACAGUUUCUUUUAUUAUAAUUGCAUCAUCAACUCAGAAGGUGAUGAAUGGCUCAAAUGGUUUAUGAAGUUCACAUUCCCAUCCGUGAUGGCACCACCUCUUCCUCUUGACGAUUUAUUCAAUACGCGUGUUUUAUGCAGCGUAGAAGAACGAUUGAGGAGCGUGGCUUUGAAUAGAGAGUCCCCUGUGACAGCACGCGUACUUUGCCGCAUAGCAGAAAUUCGGACAGCUGGGAGGACCCGCCCAAGGCGUACGGUGAUGAGACUUCGCUCAGGUAAAGUGGUUGGAGAUGUCGUUCAUGCUGAGCUAACCAGUGAAUCCUGCGAUAAGCCAGGAGAUUUUGUGCACUUUCCGUUCUUUGCACUUCCACUCGAAUUGUGCGUUCGCAUAUUGAAAUAUGUGCGAGAGGGCGGAGGAAAAUUCCAUGAAACUCGCCUUGUUUGCCGGGCUAUGAAUGACAUCAUUGAGAAGAAUCGAGCCAUCAUCGGACCAAUGCUGUUGCAGAGAUUAUUUAUUGGGCAACAUCCUGCGUUUGACCAGGGUCCUAAGCGUUUUGUGUUAUCAGACCCUAAAGAAUUGCCUAAUCGCUUAAGUUCAUGUGCCCAUGCUUACAUCCAGCAGACAAUUUUCUACAAGAUCUCGUUCGAAGCAUCUUUAGUCAAGUAUUUGAUCAGAGAACUGCUACACAAUCGUGUGCAUAUUCGUGCAAUGAUCUUCUACGGUGUUGAUUUCGAUUGUGAAGGAAACGUACUGGUUGAGUUCUUCGAGGCUUCAAGAAUUGCUUGUCUGAUCAUGCUUGAGUGCCAGCUCCCUGAUAAUAUGGCAGAAUUUCUUGCACAUCACGAGUUUAUCGCCAAGAUAUCGCAUUUUAUCGGGUCCACCGAUAGUUUCUGGUAUCAUGAUGGUCCCAUUAAUGGCUCACAAGAGGAUGACUUGCUGAAAUGGUUUACAAAGGAGAUUUCAAUCGUAUAUCGGUGUGAAAGGGGCUACAGGCAAAGCAGUCUUGGCAGAUUCGCUAUUCUGUAA